UUUAAACUUAUUAAUUCACUAAGAUGAUUGAACAGAGAAUAGGUGAGUUCAUGAAUAAUGAAGACCAGCUCGCUCAAUUCAUAUUCCUGUUUGUGAUGAUAUUUGUUACCGUUCCAGGAGGAAUAUUAUCACUAAGCUUGCUAUUGAUGAUUAACUCAAGCGAAGAGAAGCUCAAAUACACCUACCUGCUAAGCCAAGAUGAUAAAAUGUAUCAGACCUUCAUGGCUAUAUAAAGUUUAUACUCUUUGGAGAAAAUCUGACUGUGUGUCAACUUUGUUAGCAUUCUUAAAUUAC